AUGGCGUUCCAUUGGCAAUCAAAAGUGAACGUACAACAUGUUGGUGUUGAUGACAUGGUUCUCCUUCCGAAGCUCACCGAACAAAGUAUAGUGGAAAAUUUAAAGAAGAGACUACAAGCGAACAGCAUUUUUACCUACAUCGGACCGGUAUUGAUAUCUGUGAACCCCUUCAAGCAAAUGCCAUACUUCACGGAAAAGGAAAUGCUUCUCUAUCAAGGUGCAGCCCAAUACGAAAACGCUCCUCAUAUCUACGCCUUAGCAGACAAUAUGUAUAGGUACAGACUGAUAAAAUCAGCUUUUAGAAACAUGCUUAUCGAUAAUGAAUCUCAAUGCGUCAUCAUUUCUGGAGAAUCAGGUGCUGGUAAAACAGUGAACGCCAAAUUUAUCAUGAACUACAUAUCCCGUAUCUCAGGGGGAGGUCAGAAAGUGCAGGUUCUUCAGCACGUCAAAGAUGUCAUUCUCCAAUCAAAUCCUCUCUUAGAAGCUUUUGGAAAUAGUGCCACAGUUCGAAAUUGGAACAGCUCUCGAUUCGGAAAAUAUGUAGAAAUUGUAUUUAGUAGAGGAGGCGAGCCGAUUGGUGGGAAAUUAUCCAAUUUUUUGCUGGAAAAAUCUCGAGUUGUCCAUCAAAACGAAGGAGACCGAAACUUCCACAUUUUCUAUCAAUUGUGUGCAGGAGCAGAUAAAAACUUGAGAAGCACUCUUGGGAUUGGAGAACUGCAAUAUUACAAUUAUCUAAACAUGAGUGGAGUUUUCAAGGCAGAUGAUACUGAUGAUGGGAAAGAGUUUGAGAGUACACUGCACGCAUUGAAAGUAGUAGGUGUGAAUGAUCAGGAACAGUUAGAAGUGCUUCGGAUUGUCUCCGCAGUUCUCCAUAUCGGAAAUAUUUCGUUCACUGAAGAAAACAAUUUUGCAGCUGUCAGUGGGAAAGAUUGUAUGAGAUUGGAUACUAACUUUAAUUUUUUUGUAACAUUGAAAAUUCCAGAUCUCGAAUUCCCUGCCUUUCUUCUUGGCCUCACCAACGCUGACAUCGAAUCGAAACUGACGGGAAGAAAAAUGGAGAGCAAAUGGGGUACACAAAAAGAGGAAAUUGAUAUGAAGUUGAACGUUGAUCAAGCAAAUUAUACGAGAGACGCUUGGGUGAAGGCCAUUUAUGCUCGGCUUUUUGAUUACCUAGUAAAAAAAGUCAAUGAUGCAUUGAACAUCACUUCUCAAUCUAGCUCAGACAACUUCUCCAUUGGAAUUCUCGAUAUUUACGGAUUCGAAAUUUUCAAUAACAAUGGAUUUGAACAAUUUUGCAUUAACUUUGUCAAUGAAAAGCUCCAACAAAUCUUUAUCGAAUUGACACUGAAAGCUGAGCAAGAAGAAUACGUUCGAGAGGGUAUCAAAUGGACAGAAAUCGACUACUUUGACAACAAAAUCGUUUGUGAUCUGAUUGAAGUGAAACGACCACCAGGAAUAAUGAGUCUUCUUGACGAUACCUGUGCUCAAAACCAUGGACAGCGAGAAGGAGUUGAUCGUCAGCUUCUGACAACUCUAUCGAAAUCAUUCGCAGGACAUCCACAUUUCGGACCGGGUUCAGAUUCGUUCCUGAUAAAACAUUAUGCUGGAGACGUUACAUAUAAUGUCGACGGAUUCUGUGAUCGUAAUCGCGAUGUUCUUUAUCCUGAUCUCAUUCUUCUUAUGCAAAAGUCUUCGAACGCUUUCAUCCGAUCACUUUUCCCUGAAAAUGUUGCCGCAUCUGCUGGAAAGAGACCAACGACUUUCUCAACAAAAAUCAGAACUCAAGCCAAUACACUUGUCGAAUCUUUGAUGAAAUGUUCUCCCCAUUAUGUUCGUUGCAUAAAACCAAAUGAAACGAAACGACCGAACGAUUGGGAGGAGAGUCGAGUAAAACAUCAAGUAGAAUAUCUUGGACUCCGCGAGAACAUUCGUGUACGACGAGCUGGUUUUGCCUACCGUCGAGCAUUCGAUAAAUUCGCUCAGAGAUAUGCAAUCGUGUCUCCUCAAACAUGGCCUUCAUUCCAAGGAGAUCAGCAGAGAGCAUGUGAAAUUAUCUGUGAUUCAGUUCAUAUGGAGAAGAGUCAAUAUCAAAUGGGAAGAACAAAAAUUUUCGUCAAGAAUCCAGAAUCGCUUUUCUUGCUGGAAGAGACUCGCGAAAGGAAGUUUGAUGGAUUCGCCCGUGUAAUUCAGAAGGCAUGGAGGCAGUUUGCUGCCAGAAAGCAACACAUCAAACAGAAAGAACAAGCUGCUGAUUUGAUGUACGGAAAGAAAGAAAGAAGACGUUACUCAUUGAAUCGCAACUUUGUCGGAGACUAUAUCGGUUUGGAGCAUCACCCAACACUUCAAUCUUUAGUUGGAAAGCGGCAACGUAUUUUGUUCGCAUGUACUGCGAAUAAGUAUGACAGAAAAUUCAGAGCUACUAAACUGGACAUGCUUCUCACUGCUAACCAUUUGUUUUUGAUAGGUAAGGAAAAAGUGAAAAGUGGACCAGAGAAAGGGAAGAUUGUGGAGAUUAUAAAAAGACAACUGGAUCUUCCACAAAUAAAAUCUAUUGGGUUGUCUCCAUAUCAAGAUGAUUUUGUGAUAAUAUACAUGAAUGGUGAAGAAUACACUUCUCUUUUGGAAACACCGUUCAAAACAGAGUUUUGCACAGCUCUUUUAAAAGCGUAUAAAGAGCGGAAAAACAGCCCCCUCCAUCUAGAUUUCCGAGAUACUCAUGUUGUCAGCUACAAGAAGAUGAAAUUUGACUUUUCUGAUGGAAAGCGCACGGUUCAGUUUGGUUGCGAUGGUUCUUCCUCAGCAGAGAAAACAUUGAAACCGAAUGGAAAAGUGCUGAAUGUCAGCAUUGGUACUGGACUCCCAAACACUACAAGACCUUCAACGGAAAGACCACAAGGUGGUUAUACUCCACGAAGAGAUCAAUUGAGAACUUCUACUCGAAGAACUAAUAAGAAUACACAUGGAGCACAGCCUAUGAGGGCACCGGUACCUGCUCACGCAAUGAACAACAACUACAAUCAGCCACCUCCACAUGCGGCAGCUCCAACGCCAGUGUCUACAAAUCAUCAAUAUAACCAGGAACCUGCACGAAUUCCAGUUAUGGGAAAUGUUAUCAGUCAACUGAACAACAUGAAUUUGGCCGCGUCUGGAAAUUCAAAUCCAGCAGCAGGAAGAGGACCUCCUCCAGCGCGUGGUCCAAAACCUGCACCACCAGCGAAACCAAAGUUGAAUCCAGUGGUCAUUGCCGUAUAUCCAUAUGAAGCACAAGAUACGGACGAGCUCUGUUUUGAAGCGGGAGAUGAAAUUGAGCUGAUGAACAAAGACGCUUCUGGAUGGUGGCAAGGAAAACUCAAUAAUCGCGUCGGUUUAUUCCCUGGAAACUAUGUCAAGGAGUAA